GUUCUGAAUGCACUUUUCACCGACAAGGGCAUGAUCAUUUCCGAGAAAUUUGAAGAGUAUGGUGUUAAUGCUUUUAGAGAUAAAAACUUUGUAACUGCGCUUGGUAAAGAACUGAAAAUAAUUCAACCACCUGAAGGUCGAGUGAGUCAGCAGAGUGUUUUACAACCGGGAGAGUUGGUUGCAUAUGCUAGUAAUGGGUAUCUCUCCUUUCCCACUAGUACAAAUGGUGAGAGUAGGAUAAUAGAGUACAAUAUGCUGUAUCGUCCUUCUGUAUCUAAUUUCCCUCUGGUGGAUGGUUUCUACUUUGUGAAAUCCGAAGAGGAAAGGGUUACAAUGAUUGGAAUACAAACGACAACUGCCAGAGUACACGAAACUACAGUUACUGCAGUAAUUGAAUUCAAUAGAUGUCUUAAAAAUUGUUUUUCUGACUGGACUGAUGUUUCCAAGAAAAUAUCGUGGGAGAUCAUUUACAUACAACCCUAUGGCACUGAUGAGAGGAAACAAAUAAAAGAAUGGCAGAAGUGCACUUUGAAUACAUCAGGAAGGUAUAAUCUCGAUGAACAGGAGGCUAUUGCCAAAUUCUGGAAUGAAAAGGUAAAUCAGUAUCAAGUGGACAUGUCGCCAUCAAUGGUUGUAUGGCUUAUUGAGGCUUUAAUGGCGAUGUAUUAA